AGUGCUUUCCGCCAGAGGAAUAAAAAGAUAAAGAAAGGGACACCGUGCGGUUGCUGUCAACCAUCGCUAACUGUCGUUGACGCGCACUCGGUGCUCGAGACGUAGGCGUCUGCUUUCAUUGGUGAAGUCUCCAUUAUUAUUAUUUUUUUUUCCGGGCCGUCCCUCUCACCCGUCAAUUCGGCUCCAGUAAAGGAACAGCAUAGACAUACACACACACACCCACACAAAUCCGAACACAAGUAGAAGCAGCAGUUCCAACUUCAAUCGUGUUGUUUUGCUUUAGCACUACUAUCGACGUAGCUUCCACAUAGAUUUCUUCUCGGCGGAGGGAUUAACACGCAGUGGACCGAACACCUCCCCCUCGUUCCAUACAGUUGUAUUCAUACUCUCUUUCAUUGCUUGAGUAGACGCCUCUGUAGCGCAGUGGAGUUCUCUUUUUAUAUAUAUUUCUCUCUUUCUAACAUAGCAUUCGUGCACAAGGCACACGCAGCGCUUGAGGCAGCACUUCUCGUUUUCCCUCCAAGGACCCUCAAUGAUCAACAGUUACAUCCAGAACUCGAGCACCAUGAGCACCGAGGAUGGGAGCAGCUCCACCGUCUACGGCGGACCCCAACCUCCACGUGCAUCGUCGCACCACGUCGACGGCCACAACGCACCUUCCUACACGCGCCAACCUCUCUAUGACUAUUUCACCAACAAAGACGAAGUCGUUGUGCCGAAAGGCAAGACCAACGCACCCGCCAAUUACGCUGGCCAGAGCGACGACAUGAACACCAACGCACCACCUCGACGCAGCAUCUCUCCUCGCUUGAAAGGCCCUGGCGUGUAUCACAACGUCACGAGUAGCAACAGGAAUAUCUAUGGUGCGAACACGACUGUGGAAGAGGAUGCGCGUUACUCUCCUGCACCCUCGAUGCGCGAGCUGCGAGCCGACCGGCCGGCGUCGCCGCAUCAGCAACUGCAGCCGAAGACGAUCACGGAGCAGGAGAGAGCCAUGCUGGAGGUCGUCCUUCCCGUUUCCACGAAGCUUCCCUCCCAAGAAGCUCAGCUGCGUCCGCUGGGCCUGUAUGUUCGUGCUGGGCGGGGUGGGCCGAACGGCGUAACGCGACUCGUUCUGGUCCGUCUCACCGACCCUGCCGAUCCCUUCUUUCUUUACGAACUGGAGCUGCUGGAGGACGAUUACGGUGCCUUUAAGCAGCGCCUCGAGCUGCUCGUGGACUUUCAGGGCUUUCCCCGCUAUCUGGUCAACAUGCUGCGCGACGUCGCAGAUGGGUCGUCGCCCUACGAGCUGUCGUUUGUGCUCCACGCAGCCGCCGCGACGAUGGCCGACGUGAGCCGUGGGACGUUGCGCGUGCUUGAGACGACGGAGUUCAAGACGGUCGAGCACAUUUCUCUGCAGUUGCUUCGGCAGGGCGACGCCGGGCUGAAGAGGUACCUGGCGGAGCGCUUUCAGUUUUACGAGCACGCCUUUCGCCACGCAGAGGCCUCCGGCGCGGCUCUUACCGCCGAUCUGCAGGCGCGGGUGGACCGCCUCGGUAGUGACAACGACGCACUGCGCGAGACAUUGCACCAACGCGACGAUGCAAUGCGCUUCAUGGCGACGGAGGCGGAGAAGAACCAGCUGUCGGCGCUGAACCGGCUGCGCGAGCAGCACGCGAAAGACACGGCUGCGCUGCGGGAGUCGUACGAGAAGAAGUUGGAAACGCACACGCGUGCGCUGGAGGAGAAAGCACUGCAGCUGCGCGACACGACGGCGGAAAGCGACGCGGCGUUGGCGAAGCUGCGGGCGCGGGUGGCGGAGCUGGAGGGUUGCAAGGCCUCUCUGCAAUCGCAGCUGCGGAGUGCCCAAGACGCCGCAAAUAUCCAGGACAAGGAGCUUGUGACGCUGCGAGAAAUGAACGACGAGUUGGCGAACUUCAAGGCGGAGGCCACCAAGGCCAUGUCGGAAAACGAGCUGAACUACGUCACAUUGACUGAACGGCUGCGUGGGACGACCACCACACUUCAAAGUCGCGAGGAGAAGGUGGCCGCGCUUCAAGAGCACUACGAGAAGCAGGACGACUACAUUCGAAUUCUCGCCGAUCAAAACAAGCAGCAGGCCGAGCGGGUGCGAGAGACAGAGAAGAGCCUGGAAAAGGCGCACCACAUCAUCGCAAAUCAGCUGCAGACUAUCAAAAACGCGAAGGAUCGCUACCACAUCGCCGCAGAUCAGCUGCGCAGUCACGAAACACUGCUGCUGGAGCGGGAGGGCUCCCUGCGCCGUCACCAAGACGAGGCAGCCACGGCAAACGAGCGCAUUCAAGAGCUGCUGCGCAAGAACAACGAGCUGCGCGAUCAGCUCGAGAAGACGAACAGCGCUCGGGAGCAGCUGGUACGGGAGGUGAAGCAGACCCAGCAGGCGCUUCUGCGAUUGCAACAAAGCACCAGCAUCAACGGUCGCCACUGGGGUGUUUUAAGCGGCGCUGGCGGCUAUCGCUCCGGUAGUCUUAGCAGUUAUUCUGCAGGAGCAUCGGCCGCUACUGCUGCUGCAGCUGCGGACGAGCGCUGCGGCACCACGGCGAGUGUUCCGGCCGACCUGAUGCGGGAGUUUGGCACCAACAGCAACGUACUAAGUCCAGCAGGCUACCGCAAUGUGGCUAGCAGUGGUGGCGCGCCGACGUACCGCCCACCGGUCAGUGCGGCACCCAGGUUCCCAGCGACGAGCAGCCCCGUACCCGGGGCAGGGUCCGCCUAUCCGAAUUCAGUCGCGCAAGGAGGCCCAUCACUCUUCCACGCCCACCCAACGUCGUCAUCGCCUUCCCCGGCGCGCAGCAGUCAAGAGCGCGGCGGCAGCUCCGAGACGGCGGGCCUCACAGAGCCUCAUGGUCGCACCAGCACCUCUUCCCUCGCCAAGACAGAACCGUCGCCUGCGUCUUCCAGCCACAACAACGAUCCUUCUUCAUCGGCAGCAGCAGCUGCAGGACCAUCUACCCGACGCACGCAGCCCAUCGUGGGGUCCGUGUCAUUAGACAAGGCCGGUGUUGUGGCGGCUGGCGCGCUGCCUCCGUCCCAAUCGACGACGGCGAGCAGCGGCAUUCACAGCAAAGACAACAACAUUAUUCGUUCGUCGUACAACGACCUGGCGGUGAAAUCCUUCUUCAACAGCGACGUUGUCCAGGGAGCGGUGACGGCCGGAACUGGGCUAGAAAGCGCGUACUUUUAG